CACGCCGUAUUGAAAGCUUGCGACAUGUCGCCAAGGCGCUCAGUCGCGCGCCAACUCCCAUGCGGUGAGCAUUGCCCGUGCCUCGCUCUCUGGUUAGACACGUUUUGGUAUCGCGUCGAAAACAGACACGUUUAAUACGUAUCUCGUGAAGAUUGAACGCUACGUAAGAGAAGAGACAGAGAGAGAGAGAGAAGAUAGAGUACACAGGAGAGCGCGAUAUAUCGAAACGAAGAUCGAUAGGAGGAAAACCAAAAAAAAAGGGGGGAGAGAAUUUGUAAAGGAGUUUAUCGAUAGAAAAAUUCAUAGGAUUUGAGAGAGUGGUGAAUCGUGUUGUUGAAUUGCCGCGUACUGUUUUCGCAGCUACAACCGGUUUUACUGUUUUCUUUCUUAUUCGUCGCGGAUUGAUUCGUCGUUAUCGGCUGACUUCGUUGUUAAGAGUGACUUCUUCGGGAAAAGUGACGCCGUGUUGUAUACGUGGUGUACACCGGUGUGAGAAGGCGGCGUACAGUGGAUACGAGGUUUUUUAUUGUAAUUCUGAAGAGACCGAGUAAUUCGGGUGCACUUACAGUGAGCGACGUCGUUGGUACGUCGGGUAGUAAGAGAGAAGAGAGGAAGCCUGAUCGUUGUACGGGACAGUAGGUAGGAGACGGUAAACAAGGAGUUGCAUUAAAGAAAAGGAGUUGUAAGAAGGAGAAAGAGAGAGAAAGAUAGUGAGGAAGUCCGGGAAGAAGAAAAGGAGAGAAGAGGGACCAGUAGUUUGUUUAGUGUAAUGUGUAAGUGAGUGAUGGAGUCACCAGUCAUGUAUGACUCGGCGGCCCACCAGGCCCAAGUGCAGGGACCGGCGGACUUGAAAAAGUCCCCACAGGUUCUGGCGGCUAACAACAACAACUCGAAUCUCCAGGUUAAUCAUAACCAGCAAACGAGCAGCACUGUCGUGAGCAAAGUAUCGGCCAGCAAGGCGACUCUCCAUCAACAGUACGCCGAGCACUGCGCGGCGGCCGGGGAACUGACGGAUCUCAACACACCGGAGAUAUCUCUGGAUCUUCAGCAUCUGAUAGACGACUCGCACUUCAACGACGGCCUCCUGGAUAUGCUAGGGGGUGGCAAUGGGGCCGUCAAGCACAACAGGACGCCGGGUUACCCUCGUACGACCUUGGCGUACAUGCCACAGCCUGUUCACAGCGGCGCGAGUUAUCAUCAGGGUAGCAAUAGCUGCAGCGACAGCAACAGCUCCAGCUCGGAAUCACCGAGUAUCAAGGAGGAGCCUCUUGAUCCGGCGGAUUAUCGACGUCACUGUCCUCAGUAUCCACCGGCUGGUUACAGUCCGGCUAACGGCUCCUUCACAAAUGGCGGACCCACCUUCACCACCCUGACGCCCUCGACUGUACCCGGUGGCCACCCCGUUCAUCAGCAGCAACGCGGACCCAUGAAACCCGUAAUGGCGCAUCAGCAUCACGCGGCAGCGGCUGCUGCGGCCGUCGCGCGCAAGCAGACCAAGGCCAUCGACAAGGCCAGCGACGAGUACAGGAGGCGACGCGAACGCAACAACAUCGCCGUCAGGAAGAGCCGCGAGAAGGCGAAGGUUCGCUCCCGCGAGACCGAGGAGAAGGUUAAGCUGCUUGUCAAGGACAAUGACUUACUCAAGAAGAGAAUCGAACUCCUCACCGAGGAGCUCAACGUACUGAGGUCGCUCUUCAGCAGCGUCGGGGUAGUACCGGAACAACUUCAUAGAGAAAUCUCAAGGCACCUCGAUCAGUUCCAGCAACAUGCGGUUGGGCCCAUGUAGCAGGCGUAUACCUCAUUAUUAUCACUAGACGUCACUGACAGUCUUGCUGGAGCAAGUCCCCUUUAACGUUAUCACUAGGAUUAUCCUCUCGGUGAGAUCCGUUCGGUUUUCCGCUUUUUUUCCUCCACUCUGAGCUCCUUUGUCGUUCUUACCUACGGGAUCUACCCGACUUUGUCUACCGCGUUCACGCUCUCGAUACUUUGCUCACUUCCGAGGAUCCUAUUGGCUGUGGGCUCCGUGCGACGAGUGCGAACUUGGCUGCGAAGGAGAAAGGAGUCUCGGAGUGGUGAGAUCGAGAGAGAGAGAGAAUACGAAUCUCUUGGGAAGGAAGUGAGAAGGAUGGCGAUUAACGGAGAGAGACUUAAUGAAGGAUUCACAAUCGACGUCAGAUCGUCAUAGGAAGAUCGUUCGAGGAGAGCCAAGGGACUCGGUUCAAGUGCGAUUUUUUAACGUUAAACAAAGUUAUUUCUUUAGAAAAAAAAAAAAAGGAAAAUUAAGUGCCUUCUCUUGCGAUACGAUGGCAUGACAAUGGCGACAAGAGUGCAAUACUGGGACGCUCGUGUAUUUUAAUCACUUUUUAUCCUUCUCUCCUUCUUAUUUCACGACAAACUUUAUCUCUGCCUCUUUUCGUCUUUAUUUCGUCCUCUUUGUUCGAUGCGUCGUAUGCACGAAGCACAACUUUUUUGUUUCUUUUUUUUUUACAUACGGAAGGGAGUUUUAAGCAUAAGUCCAUUUUUUUUGUUAAAUCGGUUAAGGGACACACGAAAACGUACAAAUGGAGGAGAUCCGCUGAACCGGAUGUAUGAACAAGAGUAUAGAAAAAAAAAAAUGGCCUCACGACUCCUCUUCCCGUAUACGUUCUCUGGUAUCUAUAUACUUUUUACCACGGACCUAUAAGACUGGGUGACAUUAAGGAUGCGAAGAAUUUUUAAUACAAAAAAGAAAUUACACAACUUCGUAACUCGUCACCUCGUUCGCUGAAAAGAAAAAAAAUCACCGUUUCCUCUCUCUCUCUAUCUUUUUGUCGCAAUAUUUUUUCCUUCUCCCGCAACAUUCAAAUUUACCCGCCACCCGGGAUUAUCGGACACUUAAAGAAACAAAUUCGUAAUCUUCCUUACCGACGAAAAUGGAAAUUAAUUUUUUAUAUUACCAAAAAAAAAAAAAAGUCGAAAUAUCAAUUUCUUUGCUCCCCUUGUUGCACUAUUGUGUGUUACCAAUCACAAGUACACAAAGUCUACCUUCGUUCAGUGUACACGCAAUUUUAACUAGAUACAAAUUCCCCAUAUCAUCACUUCCUCCCCCUAUCACCCACCCACCCAUUCUCGUAAAACAGUUUAAACUUUCUGAAAACUAUGAAAAAUAUACCAACACACUCUUGUAUUAUAGCUAUUAUUAAUUUUAUUAUAAUCGAAGAUGUACGUAAAGUUAAUAUAUUUUGUUUAAAGCGAAAAAGUGCGAAUGGAGAUGAUAUAUAUAUAUAUAUACAUACAUAAACAUAAGAACGAGCGAGAAUGAGGGUAUAAAAGAGUGAGUGAGCCUGAGAGAGCGAAAGAAUUAAUUUUAAAGAUUUAGAUUAUUAAUGGAGACAACGAGUUCAGGCCGAACCGGCGCCGGUUCCAGCUCCGAAGUCUAGUUGAAGAAAAAAAGAGUUACCGUAAACGCGUGAAGCGGGCUUCAUUGUUUAUUCGAUUAAUUGAUUGUUGAUUGUUUAUUGUGAGCUUGCGUCAUUCAUAGGAGCGAGAGAGAGAGAGUGUGUGUGUCUGUAAUAACGUAAAGGACAGGUACAUGAUUUUUGUGAAAAAAAAAAAAAAUUCGAUCAAAAAAAUUUCCUCCACAAUCCGACUUCUGUACUUUGUAUUUGUAUCUUUGAAAAUUUUCAUAGAAAAUUUCGAGGUACAAUUUUUUUUUUUUUUUUUUAAAAUUUUCAACCGCGCCAAUCCUCUUGUUACGCAUGUAUGAAUAUUAAUUACGUGGUUAUGUAAAUAGUUUUGUGUAUAUGGGAUAUAAAAAAUGAGUGUAUACGAAGUGAUGUAUGCUGGGUACGAGAUUACCCGUGUCACGGUUGUCUUCUUGUCUAUGCACAAAUAUAUUUUGAUAUAAAACUUAA